ACGGAUUUGAAGAAGACGAACUUUCACUUUUAAAAUUUAACAAACCGUCCCACUGGAACUGACUAAUGGAAAUGGAACUUUGGAAGUCGUGACUAUUGAGGAAAAACAAGACGGCGCGGCGUCGAACAGUAAUCGAUUCCCGUGUUCCGGUGAUAACUGAUAAGAAUCGAUGAGGUUCUUGUACUGUUAACUGUGUAAUCGUCGUUAUAGAUACGAUCUCUGUUUUCUUUGUAAAAGAAUAAUUUGAGAAAAUGAACUGGCUUAAUGCCAUUCGGGCCGCUGAUAAAACUGCAAUCACGGAAAAUGGGAACAGAAAAGUACAUUAUAAAUUCCAAGAUGGGACAGAAAUGGCUGAAGAGUAUAAUCUAGAGACAAAUGUGCUGGUAAGGCGGGCAUGGAAGCAGAGUAACAAUAUAACAAAGAAGCCUUCCUGGGUGACCGAAGUUGGAGACCCGGAGCCCAAAUCACUCCUAUUGGACAAUUCUGGAAUACAGGAAGCGCAGAACUCACCUUACAUGCUGAAAAGAAUAACAAGAGAUAAUAUCGAGUGGAGGAUUCGUAACUUGCCUUAUCCGUUAGAAGUCUACAGUGUUACUGCUGCACCUGAACAGAAGUGCCUCAUAGUCCGAACGACGAAUAAAAAGUAUUAUAAAAAAAUUGAAGUGCAGGAAUUGGAACGAUGCGGCAUUCUUCCAGAGCAGAAGAACAUAAGUUUUACGCAUAAAUUCAAUACUUUAAUUAUCACUUAUAAAAAACCUCCUCAAGUUUUAAAAAUGGAAAGAGAUGUACUUCAUGAACUUAAAAAUGUGAAAAAUAUAGAUAAUUCUGAACUGCCUUCAUGUAAUCCAAGUUAAUAAAUUAUCAUUCCAACAAAAA